CAUUUUGUAUAAGCUGUUUAUGUUGACUUUAGGUAUUUAUAUAUUAUAGUUUAGUGUUUAUAUUUUUUACAAUGCAGUUAUACAUUAAGUCACUUUUUGCUAACAUUUAAUCAUUGCACACAUUUAACAAAGCCUCACAGAUUUACUAAAUGUUACCAACGCUAGUCGGGUAUUAUUAGUCAUGGCCGCGGUUAAUUUAAAUAAUUAAUCUUUGUAUGUGUGGAUAGAGAAGAGACGGUUUUAGCCACACUUUGGCCCCUUCCCUUCCCCCCACCCCCGCAACGCGCAAGCGCCCGGGACCGCGUGGGAAUGGUCGGUGCGGGAACUGGGGGGUUGGACCCGCUGCGAGCGAAACAGCGCAAAAGAGUUUUAAAUGUCCGCCAUGUUGUCCAUGGCGUACUGAGCCAACGGUAGGGAGCGGAGCGUCAGAAAAAAACAGUCCGAGAGAGAGCGACCGAGAUCCGGGCCUUCCCCCGGCUCCGCUGGCGACGCCCUUUAUACGAGCAGGCGCCAUUCGAACGUCAGAAAAAACAGAGAUUAACCGCACAGAAACAUCAAUGAAAGCUCCACUCGACACCGUUGUGGAUUUAAGGAGAUCGGACAGAUUUAUAUCGACGCUCGAGUUGUGAAAAAAAUGAGUAAAUUGUCGUUUCGGGCGCGGGCGCUGGACGCUUCCAAGCCACUACCCGUCUUCCGCUGUGAGGAUUUACCGGACCUACACGAAUAUGCAUCCAUUAACCGGGCUGUGCCGCAGAUGCCGACGGGUAUGGAGAAGGAGGAAGAGUCGGAGCACCAUCUCCAGAGGGCCAUCUCAGCGCAGCAGGUGUAUGGAGAGAAGCGUGACAACAUGGUCAUCCCAGUCCCUGAGGCAGAGAGCAACAUCACCUACUAUGACUCUCUGUACGCUGGAGACUUCAAGAUGCCAAAGCAGCUCAUUCACUUACAGCCUUUCAGCUUGGAUACAGAGCAGCCCGACUAUGACCUGGACUCAGAUGAUGAGGCUUUUGUCAUCAAGCUGAAAAAGAAGAUGGAGAUCAGCUUUCUGCAGUUUGAGGAGAUGAUUGAUCGGCUGGAGAAAGGCAGUGGCCAGCAGCUGGUGAGUCUCCCUGAGGCCAAACUGCUGCUAAAGGAGGACGAUGAACUCAUCAAGGAGGUGUAUGAGUACUGGAGCCGCAAGAGGAAAUGCAGCAGGGCCAACGCACUACUUAACAACAUCAAGCAGGAGAAGCGUGACGGUUCCAGCACAAGUGACCCCUAUGUGGCCUUCCGGCGGCGCACAGAGAAGAUGCAGACUAGGAAGAAUCGUAAGAAUGAUGAGGCUUCCUAUGAGAAGAUGUUGAAGCUGCGCAGGGAUUUGAGUCGAGCUGUCACCAUCCUGGAGAUGAUCAAGAGAAGGGAGAAGAGUAAGAGGGAGCUGCUGCACCUCACUCUGGAGAUCUUUGAGAAGAGAAACGUCAUGUCAGACUUUGGAGGUGAGGUGAUGGCUGAGGUUUUGGCUGAGCGGGCGCUGGUGAGGCCACAGAUCAUCCCUCUGGUCCCACUUACCAACCAGUACAGACACCAGGAUCACAUGGACCUCAAAGACUACAAGUCAAAGCCUGACAAGAUGGAAGUUCCACGACCGAAGAGGAAGUACGAGAAGAAACAAAAGGCUCUGCCGCUGUUAUCAGUGGCUGCUCACCGCGGAAGUCCUGUUGUCUUUAACACCAAGGACCUCAACCAGUAUGACUUUCCCAGCUCGGACGAUGAGCCAUAUUCCCAGCUGCACUCGGGCUCCUCAGAAGCAGAGGAGAAUGACCCAGAUGGGGCCUACGCCUUUCGGAGGAAGGCAGGCUGCCAGUACUUUGCUGCUCGUCAGGACCGUGUGGGAAACUGGCCGUGGUGUGAUCCUUUGGAAGGCGGUUUGGCAGAAGAUCGGUUUCGCUACAGUCUCACUACACUCACAGUGCCACAGCGCUGCUUGGGCAUGGCCCGCCGGCGUGUGGGACGAGGCGGCAGGAUAUUGCUGGACCGGGCACACACAGACUACGACAAUAUAUUUCAUCGCCUGGAUCCUGAAGUUCUUGACUCGCCUUGCUUCCCCUCUUCCCCAACUCCCACCGCAGCUACUUUGCGCUCUUCAACCACCGACAAGCUCGCCAGUACCUCAGAAACAAAUACCUCGGACAGAAGUUCCACUUCUUUCUCCAACUCCUCCUAUUUCUCGUCCUGCCCCUCAUCCACGGACCUCAGUCAGAUACUGUUGAAUAUAAAGUCGUGCCGGUGGAGGCACUUUAGACCACGGACACUACCACUGCACGAGCUGGAUAAUGCCCUUCCGCUUUUUAGGAGGUUGAGUCGGGGCCUGAAGCCCCCGUCCAGAGCAUCAGGUGGAGGACAACCCUACGGCUCUCAGCGUCCAGGCAGGGCCAUCCCUGCACCAUCACCCGUCGCUGCUUUCACAGCUGAACAGUACCAGCAGCAUCAGGAACAGCUGACCCUGAUGCACAAACAGCAGCUGGAGCAAGUCCAGCUGCAACAGCAAGCCAACAGCACCACCACUGCCAACAGCACACAGGGCUUAGCGAACACGUUGGACCAGGCCAGCGCCCAGUUUGCUGCCUCAGCGCUCAUCACCGCCGACCAACUGCUGGCUCUAAAAACUAAGGAGGAGCUAUCCCUUGGAGGCGGAGUCAAUGGCAUCCUCUCCCCUUCAGGUGUCUAUAAGGGCUUGCACCUCUCAAGCACAGUGUCCCCGUCCCCAGCUACCCCGGCUCCUCCCGCCACCUCCCCGACACCCACCUUGCUCCAUCCCUGCACCACCAGCUCCGCCUCUGCCAACAGUAACAACAAUGGCAGCGCCCAUCCCGCUAACAACAACACCGCCACCACUCAGGUCCUCCUAGGCAACAACAGCCUCCGUCUUGGCGUACCAACUGGGAAGCGAGUUCACGCACCACGGACACUGAGCACCUCCAUGUCGACAUCCGCCUUAAAGUUCGCCAACGCCAACUGUCAGAAACCCAUACAGGGCUUAGCGAACACGUUGGACCAGGCCAGCGCCCAGUUUGCUGCCUCAGCGCUCAUCACCGCCGACCAACUGCUGGCUCUAAAAACUAAGGAGGAGCUAUCCCUUGGAGGCGGAGUCAAUGGCAUCCUCUCCCCUUCAGGUGUCUAUAAGGGCUUGCACCUCUCAAGCACAGUGUCCCCGUCCCCAGCUACCCCGGCUCCUCCCGCCACCUCCCCGACACCCACCUUGCUCCAUCCCUGCACCACCAGCUCCGCCUCUGCCAACAGUAACAACAAUGGCAGCGCCCAUCCCGCUAACAACAACACCGCCACCACUCAGGUCCUCCUAGGCAACAACAGCCUCCGUCUUGGCGUACCAACUGGGAAGCGAGUUCACGCACCACGGACACUGAGCACCUCCAUGUCGACAUCCGCCUUAAAGUUCGCCAACGCCAACUGUCAGAAACCCAAGGUCACUACAGCCUCGGCUUCACCACUGGAUAUAGUGCCCAGGGAGAACCAUGAACAGGACAAGCCAGCACUGAACAGUCUGUCAGAGAACACAGUGGCCAUGGAGGUUACGUAGCCUUGUGUGGCUGCAUCUUCUGACUUUUUUUUUUUAUAUAAUUUUUUUUUUACUGGUUGGGAUUUCUUUUCGGUGCUAUGCAUCACUUGGUAGUCACCAAUGCAAAUGGUGGCAGGAUGAGCAGAGCCUGGGUUUCCAUGGCAACCAUUUGGGGACAUAAUUGCAAUGCUCAUCUCGUACAAAUAUUUUCUUUUCUCCCGCACCCUGACCACGGCCCCUCCCUUUCUCCCCACAUUCCCUUCUUUGUUACUGUUAAUAAGAGAUCAUCUGUAAAUUCUUAAUAUGGCAAUUAUAUGUACAGUACUGCAUAUUUGUAAUACCCUAUGCCCCGCCCCCCUGAUUCUUGUAUAUAACAUUACUUGAAUACAGAAAUGUUCAUUUGUGAUGUUUUGCACUCGAGAUAUUAAAACAAAAACGAGAGAAAAAAAUCAAAUUAAAAGAGAAAACGACAAACUGCAACUGGUGCGAAAUGAGGUGUGAUAGAAAAAUGUUUGUCAUCAUGUGCAUGGUGCGGAAACCUGCUGUUUGAUCUAUUUAUUGUGCCGUGUUUACAACCCCCCCGGCCCCCUCCAAACGUUUUUUUAUAUAUAUAAAUAUAUAUAAGUCAUUGUAAUUCUGACUGGUUCCCCCCUGCUGUGUUUACGGUUCAGCUACAACUCUGUGUUUUCUUUAUCCUUUCAUUUCUUUCUUUUGGAUGUUGUGAACCUGGCCAAGAGAGGGCGUCUCACCGUCUCUGUCUGCAGGUAGGACAGUCAGGCAGAGAUGAAGAGACAAACGUCAGAUUUCAACAGAGCUGUCACUUUUAACCUCUAAGACGUUUUAGUACAAACACAUUUAGAGCCUAGCUUAAAGUUUGUGGUGUAAAAACCCUGACUGAGUUCAUCUCACAGCACAACCUCCCAUUUGAUCGCUCAUGUUGAGAUCAAAUGGGGGGGUUGUGGUCCCAACCUGGACAGUGGUAUCAGCUCCAGUCUUUUCAGUCUGGGUUUUCUCUUCAUUCAUUUUUCUGCUGCCUCCACCUUUGCUCCAGACUGCAGUUUGUUUGUCAAACCUUUACAUCUGUCAGAGUGGUUGUAAACAGGCGGAUGGUUUCCCAACAAACACCUCGGCAGCAAACCAGUGCUGUGUGGUACUUAUCCCUCGGUCCCAACAUGGGUUGAAGUCAGAUAACUGUUAUUUCAAAACUGCUGUCCAAGGAAGUAAUCAGGCUGCGUGGGAAGAAUGUUUGCUCCUGUUUUAUAAGUUCUGAGUGGAACAUUGUGUAUUUUGUUUCCCCCAGCGAAAACAAAAGGCCAACAUCUACGCCGCCUGGUGGUCAACUUAUUUUAUUGAAGUGACAGCCCUGGUGAAAAGUUGUGGUGGACAUCAGUUUGCCAGUUUACACUCAGCUCUUCCAUAGCUUUUUUUUUUUUUAAUUGUUGUUCUGGAGACAAGUAACAAAACAAUGGGGAUGAAGAAUCUUUCCCAGAAGACUUUGCUGCUUCUGACGUAUCUAAGCACUAUAUAAUUUUUAAAAAUUGAAUGAUGCUGCUUUUGUAUGAUUUCAGCCUGUGGUUUGCCACCAGUGGCUGUCAUUUCUUUGGUUUUCUUUAAAAAGAUAAUCCCCCAUUUCCCCCUUACCAAUUAAAAAAUAUUUUUGUACGUUCCACUAUGUUUUAAUUUUAAUGCUCCUCACAGAAGACUUCAUUCUUUUGUUACUUGUUAAUCUUAAAAAAGUAUAUAUAUAAGGGAGUAAAAAAAAAAUGCAGUAACUUACAUUUAUCAUCAUUCCAGCUUCUCCAUAAUACAAAAGACGUGUAUUAAUUGGGAAAAAAAAAUAAAAUACAAAAUUGUUUUCUCUACUUUCUUAGAACUCCAGAAGGCUGAAAAGCCAUGAAAAGUUAUCGGGUGCCUUUAUUUGGGGGGAAAAAUGAAAAUAUAAAAAAAUCUUUCUAAAAUGCUCUCUUCUGUGAAGAGUUUGGUACUGAACAAGGCUACUUGUAGUUUUUCUUUGUCUGUACCACAGUCCCGGUGCCCAUUCCAGUGGCCCAGCUGAUUCAUGAUUUUUUUAUAUAUCUAUAUAUAGUCUCUUCCACCACAACACACACACACACACACUCAUUGGGAAAGACUACGAAUUCUCUUGAAUUGUCACAAAGUGAAAUAAAAAUACAGGGCAUUAAGUGUCGUUGA